GAAGCUCACUUGCAGGCUCAGCUCUAGCUGCGGAGCUGCUGGAGAUCACCCCACGACGACUCAUCCAACUUCACAACUCGCAUUCCCCCAAGCUUCUGUUCCACUACCACAGCCGCCCUUUUGCGACGUCCCAGCUUGCCCAUCAUGUUCCGCUUUCACAAAACCCUCGACAUCAUCACCCUCUUCCACAAGGCUGGAAAUCCAGCCUCGACCCGUGCGGUUACCCUGCUGAAGCAGAUCUCAGCGAACGCCUCUGAGGCUGCCACCGGCGACCAAGCCAGCGACCACAGCGCGCAGACCGCACCACCGCGCGAGGAGUUUGAGCUCAACAUCACCGAGGACCCCCCCACGGAGGACCAGCUGCGCACUAUUCUCGGCUAUGUCGGCCAGAGCAAAGUCGGCUCCGUCGUCAAGGGUGCCUCUUCAGAGUCGGACGCUAUCAAGAAGUUCAGGUCGAGCGCCGAGGCUUUCCAGCGCCCAGUGAUUGUUGACUGGAACAACGGCAAGGCUGUUGCCGGAGCCCAAGAGUCAGAAAUACUCAAGCUCCUCGAGCAAUCAAAAGGCCAGUCGGCUUGAGCCACUGCCAAGUCUUUGCCAGCACAAGCUGCGCGCAAACUUGCUCAAAUGUACAAUAUACAAUUCAGAAUGUAAAAGAGAUACCACAGCCAGCCACAACACCUUACCUGUUACGCGAGUUUCUGCUUGAAACACCGUUCGUCCGUCACAGACAAGGUUGGCUUACCAAACGUGCUGUUUUGGGUAAUUAUGCACUGGCUGGACUCAUCAACUACAGGAUUACGAUGCCG